CUGUACUAUGUAUGUAAAGUGGUUCACGUUACAAAGUUUCCGGGUCACGAACACAGUGCAGGUAAAGUAUCUAGACAUAUGAGAGAACGCUCCUGAAUACUAUCCAGAUUUGAGAAUAUUUGAACGUCAGGUUCGACAAUGGUGAAGGCAAAGAAGUUCGUGAUCGCUGCAAAGUUCGACGGACUGCCGAAGGUGACCGACUUUCAGCUCGUAGAGGAGAGCACACCGGAACUAAAGAAUGGAGAUCUUCUAUGUGAGACCUUGUUCAUCUCUGUGGACCCAUACAUGCGGCUUUUUGGCGGUUCCCUAAAGGAGGGCGACACCAUGAUCGGGGAGGUAGUGUCACGAGUGAUCGAGUCCAAAAGCAAGAAGUACCCUGUGGGAACCACAGUGCUGGCCGGGUACGGGUGGCGCACACACGCUGUCGUGCACGAGGACGACAAACAUCCUCUCCCCACCGCGCAACUUCGGGCGGCUCCCGCAGACUUCCCCAAGGAACUGUCUCCUGGGCUCCUGCUGGGGGUUACCGGUAUGCCGGGUAUGACGGCGUACUUCGGACUCCUUGACGUCUGCCAACCAAAGUCAGGGGAAACCGUUUUCGUCAACGCUGCCGCGGGGGCUGUCGGGAGUUUGGUGGGGCAAAUUGCCAAGAUCGAAGGCUGUAAAGUGAUCGGCUGUGCAGGAACUGACGACAAGGUCACCUGGCUCCGUGACCUUGGCUUUGACUACGUCUUCAACUACAAGACCAAGUCUCUGGGCGAGGAACUCAAGAAAGCCGCACCAGAAGGCAUUGACUGUUACUUCGAUAACGUUGGAGGUGACUUCUCGGUGUCUGUCCUGAACAACCACAUGAAGGACCAUGGCCGUGUGGCCGUCUGUGGGAGCAUCUCCACAUACAACAACCCGGAAGCAAAAGGUCACUAUUUCUUUGAAACCAUCAUCGUCAAGAGGCUGAAGCUGCAGGGAUUCUUCGGCGCGGAGUACCAUGCGGACUGGCCGGCCGCUACCACACAGGUGGCGAAAUGGAUCGUGGAGGGCAAGGUCAAGCACAAGGAACACGUGACCGAUGGAUUUGAUCAGACACCCCAGGCUCUGAUUGGUGUGCUGACUGGCAAGAACACCGGAAAGGCUAUUGUCAAAAUCUAAUAAGUAGCAUCCGUCAAAAACUUCAUCAGGUUGGCAAUUAUUCAUAUAGUAAGGUUUUUAAGGCACAGCCAGGGAGUACUUACUUCCAACGUUUCUAUGUCUAUCAGACACCAUCAUCAGGGUAAAAUGACUGGAAACUACUUCUUGCUACUACUUGUAGCCAAUGUAGGUGGCGCUGCAGCAGCAAGAAUGCCGUCCCAAACGUGGCUCAGCUUGUAUCACCCUCGUCUCUCUCGCCUUUUUGCUGCUACAGCGCCACCUACAUCGGCUAUAAGUACCAGCAAUAACCAAUAAGUAGUUUCCAGUCAUUCUACACUGAUGAUGGUGUUUGACAAACAUCGAAUGUUGGUAGUAAGUACUCCCUGGUUGUGCUUAAAGAACCUUACUAUAUGCCUAAUAAGUAACACACUAUCAGAGACCGAUAUUCCUUAUGCCAUGAUGAUUCAAAUUUAUGGAUGACUUCAGCACGCAUCUAUGCUCGCCCGUUUCCCAAAAACCUUUUUCAAAUAUAAUAUAUUUCUGUAACAAGCAGUGUACUUUUAUCUACUGCAUAAUGAGCAUAAUCAUACAGAAAAUUUAAUGAGAGUAUCGUAAACGGACAUUAAUUAAUCGUAUCAUUCCAAUGGUAGUUUCAGCUUCAAAAAAGAAGGUAUGUUGGAAAAUCAUAAUAAUAGUUUUUUUUUCAUACCUCGUGUUUAGUCGUCUAACAAUUAAAGGCAAACUUUUUAAACAUUUUAAGGAUUCUCAUCCAUAUGAUCAAAUUAUCAUGUACUUAGAGGAAACGAUAUGUCAAAGCAGCAUGAACUAGAUUUUACUUUGGAUUUUGGAUA